UAUUGCUGAGGAACCUCUUCUCUUGGGGUUUGGAGUCGGGCAUCGGGUCAGGUUUUCCCGAGACCUGGUCUUUCCCAGGCCUUUCCCACGCAGCUGAUUUCCGGUUGGCCCUGCGGUAGGACUCAAGACUGCCGAGCCCCGCUUCUCCUAAGAUGGCGGAUGAAGGCGACGGCGCGGAAAGGAUGGCUGGAACGGGCGGCGCGGCUGCCCCCGUGAACCCCUCGGAGCUGGCUGGGUGGUGGGAUGAGAAGCUUGAUUUUCAUGCUGCCUUUCUUCAACAUUUGGCAAAAGUGGUUCCAAGCAUAUAUUGUGAUGAAAUGGACCCUCCAUCACAGAAAGAGGAGGAAAUGGCCCAAAAAAUGAUUCUUUAUCCUUUGGAGUGGCAUUUAUUUGGAGAAGAUCCAGAUACCUGUCUAGAAAAGCUAAGACAGAUUGGUACCUCACAGCUAUGUGGAAAAGUAUUUAAAGGUGGAGAGACAACAUAUUCCUGCAGGGAUUGUGCAAUUGAUCCAACUUGUGUACUUUGCAUGGAUUGCUUCCAGAACAGUAUUCAUGUAAAUCAUCGUUACAAGAUGAAUACUUCCACUGGAGGAGGAUUCUGUGAUUGUGGGGAUACAGAAGCAUGGAAGACUGGACCAGUGUGUACAAAACAUGAGCCUGAAGGAGGAGAAAAUACUGAAGAGAAUUUGGAAUGCCAGUUGAAUGAAGAGGUAAUAGCACAAGCAAGGAAAAUCUUCCCUUCAGUUAUAAAAUACAUUGUUGAUAUGACUGUUUGGGAAGAGGAAAAAGAGCUGUCUUCAGAGCUUAUGAUUAAUACAGAGAAGCCAGACAAACACUAUUGUGUCCUUUUCAAUGAUGAGCAUCAUUCUUAUGAUCAUGUUAUCUACAGUCUACAAAGAACUCUUGGGUGUGACCUUGCAGAAGCCCAGAUAUAUACUACUGCUAUAGAUAAAGAGGGUCGGAAGGCUGUUAAGAAGGGGUCAUAUGUUGUUUGUCAGGAAGCAAAAGAAGAGAUUAAGAAACAUUCAAAUAAUGUUUCCCAAGGUCCCCUUAAUGUGAUGGUUCUUCAUGCAGAUGUAAUGGCUCAUCAGAAAUUUGCUUUGCGUCUUGGUUCUUGGUUAAACAAACUUAUGAGCUAUUCAACUUAUGGUCUUAAUACUUCUCUGAGUAAUUUUGACUUGAGUUAUCUGGAUCUUGGUUUGUUACAGGGAAUGGAGGAAAUAAAGCGACAAGUUGGGCAGCAUAUUGAGGUGGAUCCUGAUUGGGAAGCAGCCAUUACAAUCCAGAUGCAGUUGAAGAACAUUCUCUUGAUGUUUCAGGAGUGGUGUGCCUGUGAUGAAGAACUCUUGGUUACAGCUUAUAAGGAGUGCCAUGCAGCAGUAAUGAGAUGUAACAACUGUGCCGGUAAUUACUCACGGGAGAAAGCAGUGAUCAAUUUAUGUGGCCAUACUUUGGAAUGCAAACGGUUCAAGGUAUCGAUGGAUCCUGUGAGCAUCCAUCUCCCAUUGUCUAGGAUGCUAGCUGGUCUGCAUAUACAGUUGAGCAAAACUGGAAUAAUUUCAAGACUCGAAGAGUUUUUUUCAUCAAAAGAAUUCCAAGUGCAGCUGUUGAUAGAAUAUCCUUUGCGCUGCCUAGCAUUGGUUGCUCAGGUUGCUGCGGAAAUGUGGAAAAGGAAUGGACUGUCUCUAAUCAGCCAGAUGUUUUAUUAUCAGGAUGUUAAAUGUAGAGAAGAAAUGUAUGAUAAGGACAUAAUUCUCUUGCAGAUUGGCGCAGCAUUUAUGGAUCCAAAUAGUUUUCUUUUGCUUGUCCUCAAACGGUAUGAACUGCUUAAUGCCUUCAAGAAGACAGUGCCAACUAAACACCAGGAUUUCAAUAAAAAAUGUAACACAUUGAUAGAAGAAAUGCUUCAAGUACUCAUCUAUGUUGUAGGGGAAAGAUAUGUCCCAGGAGUAAGUAAUGUGACAAAAGAUUAUGUGACAAUGCGAGAAAUUAUCCAUCUGCUGUGUAUUGAGCCAAUGGCACAUAGUGCUAUUGCAAAAUCUUUGCCUAAAGAUGAAAACAACGAGACUGGUUUGGAGAAGGUGAUUCACAAAGUGGCCUUGUUCAAAAAACCUGGUGUAUCAAGCCAUGGAGUUUAUGAAUUGAAGGAAGAAUGCCUCAAGGAGUACAAUGUAUUUUUUUACCAUUAUACCAAGACUCAGCACAAUAAGGCUGAACAUAUGGAAAAGAAAAGAAGAGUACAAGAAAAUAAAGAUGAAGCACUCCCACCACCUACACCUCCAGAAUUCAGUCCUGCUUUCAGAAAUGUGGUGAAUGUUCUCAACUGUGAUAUCAUGAUGCUUAUUCUUAGAACUGUCCUGCAAAGAGCACUAGAGCUGGAAAAUCACAUGUGGACAGAAGCUAUGAUACAGAUGGUCCUUCACCUCCUUUCUUUGGGUUUACUUGAAGAGAAGCGUCAGUUAGAGGAGACUCCAGAGGAAGAAGUGACCUUUGAUUUCUAUCAUAAAGCUUCCAGAAUGGGAAGCUCUGCUUUAAAUGCAAUGAACAUCCUCAUGAUUUUGGAAAAGCUGAAAGGAAUUCAACAACUGGAAUCACAAAAAGACAUGAUCAUCUGGGUACUACGGAUGUUUGAGAUGAUAAAAUGCUUGAGAGAGAAGUCUUCUUUUCCCAUGGCCGUCACUGCACCAACGUCAGAAUCUACAAAAGUUCAUGAGAUGCAGAAAAUUCAGGAGAAGGAGAAGGCUGAGAGGAAGAGAAAAGCAGAAGUAGCCCGAUUACAUCGCCAAAAGAUCAUGGCUCAGAUGUCCGCUUUACAGAAAAAUUUCAUAGAAACUCACAAGCUCUUGUAUGAAAACACGCAAGAAACGCCUGGAAGAGAUGUUAUGGAAGUGGAGAGGUUCAUACUCCCACAUUAUCAAGUUAGAAUCGCCUUGGGGCCCAAGCGAGGCCAGUCUGUCACCGAAAAAGAAAGGCUGACAUGUAUCCUGUGUCAGGAAGAACAGGAAGUAAUGCUAGAAAAUGCUGCCAUGGUUUUAUCUGCCUGCAUCCAGAAAUCCACUGCCUUAACCCAAUGUAGAGGGAAAGAACUUGAACUUGCAGGAGAAGACAUUGAUCCUCUUUUCAUGGAUCCGGACUUGUCAUGUGGAACACAUACCAGCACCUGUGGUCAUGUGAUGCAUGCUGCUUGCUGGCAGAAAUACUUUGAAGCCAUUCAACUGAAUUCUCGACAACGUCAUCACGUUGAACAAAUUUUUGAUUUAGGGAAUGGCGAGUACCUUUGCCCACUGUGCAAAUCCCUGUGCAAUACUGUGAUACCAAUUAUUCCUUUGCAAGAAGAGAAGAUAAACAGUGAGGAUGCAGAAAUGGUAGCUCAGCUUCUGUCUUUGUCCAAGUGGCUAGAGAUUGUUAUGGCUCGGAUAGCUGGUUACAACAAGAAGAGCAAUAAAGAUACCAAAAUUGCCCCAUCUUUACUUAAUAAAGAAAUGGAAGAUGCUUCAUCUGAAUUCCAUUCUAUACUUAGCUUUGGAGUUCAGCCUUUAAUUGAAUAUUCAAACAGCAUUAAAGAGAUGGUGGUUCUCUUUGCCACAGCAAUUUAUAGAAUUGGAUUACAAGUUGCUCCAAAUGAAGUUGAUCCACGUAUUCCAAUCAUGACUUGGAGCACUUGUGCUUUUACAAUCCAAUGUUUAGAAGAUCUUCUAGAAGAUGAGGGCAAGGCUUUAUUUGGCUCUCUACAAAGUAGACAGCACAGUGGACUUAAAGCACUGGUACAAUUUGCAGCUGUUCAGAGGACUACGGUACCUCAACACGUGAUCCAACAACAUCUUGUACGUCUCCUAGGAGUUCUUUUGCCCAAUUUAAAAAUGGAAGACACACCAUCUCUUUUAGAUGUAGACCUCUUCCAUGUUUUGGUUGGAGCUGUAUUAUCAUUUCCAUCUUUGUAUUGGGAGGAUAAUGUAGGCUUGCAACCUUCAGCUAUCAGUUCAGCUUGCAAUCAACUCUACCUCUUCCAUUUGUUUACUAUGGCACACAUAACCCAAAUUAUUCUUACUACAACAGCAGAUGAAGAUUGUUCCUCUGCUCAAAUGCUGAAUGAUAGUGAAGAAGCACGUGCUGCUGAAGCUUUUUGCAAAGAAAUUUGCAGAUACACAAAUCGUUGUUACAGCUUGCAAGUUCCAGGUUGGUAUUUGUGGGAUUGCAUAAAGAAAGGCAUCACCCCCUACCUCCGGUGCGCUGCCUUAUUCUUCCAUUAUCUGCUGGCAGUACCUCCACCUGAAGAACUUUCAUCCAAUUCAGAGGAAGAUCAGUUCAAGGCACUUUGUGAUUAUCUGUCUCUACCUACCAAUCUAUUCAUGCUUUUCCAAGAAUAUUGGAAUAUUGUGGAGCCCUUACUUCAAAGAUGGUGCACUGAUCCUGCUGUGCUUUGCUUCUUGGAAGGAAAAAGUUUUGCAAUAAGAUAUCCAAGGGAAAGAAAUAAAUUGAUAGAGCUUCCAGAAGACUACAGCUGCCUUUUGAACCAAGGAUCUCAAUUUCGGUGCCCUCGAUCUUCUGAUGAUGAAACCAAACAUCCUGUCCUAUGUUUGUUUUGUGGGGCUAUGUUGUGUUCUCAAAACACCUGCUGUCAGAUGCUAGUAAAUGGAGAAGAGCUUGGGGCUUGCAAUUCACAUGCAAUUUCCUGUGGUGCUGGAGUUUGCAUUUUUCUCAAAAUCAGAGACUGCAGGGUUCUGCUGAUCGGUGGCAAAAAUAGAGGUUCUUUCUAUCCUACACCUUAUCUAGAUGAAUAUGGAGAAACCGAUCCAAAUCUGAUAAGAGGCAAUCCUCUGCACCUGUCUCAUGAACGAUACCGGAAGCUCCAUUUGUUGUGGCGACAACACUGCAUCAUAGAAGAAAUUGCUCGAAGCCAGGAAACUAAUCACGUCUUUUUGGGAUUUAAUUGGCACCUGCUCUGAGUUUCAACUUCUUUGAGACUAAAUUGCCAACACCUCACUUGUAAAACAUCACACAAAGAAUAUGAAGAAUCUUAGUUUAAGGAAAAUAACUAACCCACAUCUGCUUACUGAAACUUGUGGGCUUGAAUUUGGUUAGAAAAAAACGAUGCAUGCACACAACUUCCCAAAUAUGAAUGCUGAAAGAUCAAAAGCAGAACUGUCUGGAUCAUCAGUAAGCUGACCUUGUCCACUUAACCAAAUUAAAAACAGUCAACAGUAUUUUCAUUCUUUUGCAGCAGCAGUUCUAAACACACACAUAGUUUCAGUGCAUCUGGAUAUAAGAACAAAGUGAUUUAAUCUCCUCUUAUCACAUUAGUUGCUUCUGUUUUCUCUUAGUAUAGCAGCUCUCAAAAUAAGUGUAAUCUGUAACUGGCUUUGUCCCUGGCUUAUCAUUGGGAGCAGCAUUAUAACAACCUGAGGGUGAAGCACUACACAAAGUAUAAUGGCAAAGUAAUGGAAAGGAAGUUAAUGUUUAUUGUGAACCCUUUCAGAAUGAGAAUGUGUUAGUGCAGGUUAAUGUGUUAAUUCUGAGCUCUUCCAGUUAGCUUCAACUUAUAUCAAAAAUUAAAUGCUUUGUUCUUGGUCUAUCCCAAAAUGGGAAGGAACUGCACCGCAGGAAAACAAGAAUGAAAAAAAAAUCCAUUUCUUAUUGCAAGUAGUCUUUAUUUGUAUGGCCCAACAAAUUUCAGACUAAAUUAGUUCUUAAGAGGGAUUGAAAAUCUAUAUUAUACAUUAUAAUUGAACAAAAAUAAUGAAUACAUUAUUCAGAAGGUACCCUCAUAACCUCAUAUCUACCACACAUAGUCUAAUAACAUUUUUAUACUGUAUACAACAAACAUAACAUUUCAAAU